GGAAUGGGGGAAUUCAGUGCCAGUGUAAACUCAUUGAUAGAGGUAUUCAGUCGCUGUCAGAGCUCCCGCUGGUUCUCCAGAAUGUUUUCUUUGAGAAAACUGUCUUAUAGGUAGCAUUUAUUCACAGCAGACCAUAAAGUGGAAAUGGUCAGUUUGACUGCCUUGUUGACAGUAUGGAUAUGGAUGCUAUCACAAACUGCCUUGGGGCAGCACACAUGUCCUUCUACACCUCAGAGUUCCAUAGAUUUCACUGUAACAUAUUCCCUCCCCCAGUUCCAAACCCAGAAACCAAUACAGAACAUUGCAGUGAACCCGGAUAAUGAACAAGUUUACAUUGGAUAUCAGAAUGCGGUAGUGGGAGUCAACAGUUCUAUGAAUAAAAUAUGGGAGGUGAAAACUGGACCUAUAGGCAGUCCUGAUUGUGAAACCUGUCUGGCAUGCGAUGUAGAAGUUCAACCUGAGGACCCAGUGGAUACAGACAACGAGAUUCUGCUUUUGGAUCCUGCUCUAAAUCUAGUUCCAUACUUGUACAUUUGUGGAAGUACUCGGUAUGGGAUCUGUUACUUUACUGACAUUACCCUUGAAGCUCCUGCACCUCAAUGUUUAUACACAAAAAAAAGGAACUCUCCAACCUACUGUCGUGACUGUGUGGCCAGCCCAUUUGGUACCAAGGCCAUGAUCGCUGAAGAUGGGCAGACAUCAUACUUCUUUGUUGCAGCCUCUGUCAAUGACAGAAUAACACAGACGUACCCAAGGAGGUCAUUAUCAGUGCUGAGGCCACUUUCAACUGAAGAUGGCUUUGACAUGGUCACAAACGUGACAGUGCUUCCUGGACUACGUGACUCUUACAGCAUUAACUACAUCUACAGUUUCUCUGCCAAGGAUUAUGUCUACUUUCUUUCCUUGCAGAGGGAAAAUCCCUACAAAAACGAUUCAGCUUUUCAGACUCGUCUGGGACGACUGUCUAUUUCUAAUCCAGAGAUGUGGAUGUACAGAGAGCUUAUUUUGGAGUGUCGGUACGAGCCAAAGCGCAGGAGAAGAAGGACAGGGACUUUCAAGGGUACUGUUUAUAAUGGAUUACAGGCAGCACAUUUCGGGCAAGUUGGGAAGGACUUGGCUGAUGAGCUGAGGGUAGCUAAGGGAGAAAAUGUUUUGUAUGGGGUGUUCGCGGAGGUAAACAAGCAUGGCCAGCCUCAGAAGAACUCAGCCCUCUGUGCGUUUCCUUUAACUAAAAUAAACCAAGAAAUCGAGGCUGGUGAGGAGGCCUGCUGUAAGUCAAGUACAGAGCAGCUAUCCAGAGGUCUCUGCCACUUCCAGCCAUGUGAGAACUGCCCACAUGAAAACUCUGAUAGCAGAUGCACUGAUCAGCCCACUCUGGUGUCAAAGCCAUACUACAGAGUCGAUCUCUUCAACAGUGAGAUGAGAAAUGUACUGUUUACUUCAGUUCUGGUGAACACGAUUGAGACUCAUACGGUGGGCCAUUUUGGCACGUCAGAUGGGAGGAUACUCCAGGUGAUUCUAAGUUCCUAUAACCAUAUUAUUUUUGCCAACUAUUCACUGGGAGAGACUGCAGUUUCGAGGAACGCAGCUGUGUACUCUGAGGAUUCACUUCUCUUUGUGGUUGGAAAUAAGAUGUUCAGGGUGCCUUCUACAGGACCAGGGUGUGCACAUUUUAAGACGUGCCCCAUGUGUUUGAACGCUCCGUUUUUCAUGAACUGUGGCUGGUGUUCGGGAAUCUGCUCAAGGCAGGAGGAGUGUAGCUCACAGUGGAACAAAAAGUCUUGCGGACCCAUCAUAACAGAGUUUUUUCCUAAAAUGGUCCCUGCUGGUGGUGUGACUGAAGUGACGCUGUGCGGAUCAGAAUUUCAGUCUGUUCUGCGGCCGCCCAUCAUCAGCGGCAAAACCCACAUCGUUACUGUGGGCUCGGGGACCGUGUGUGAUGUCCUGCCUGAAAAGAGCAAUAGUAACAGACUGGUGUGCAAAAUCAGGGAAGAGACACCAAACCAGGGACUCAACAUCACUCUGGAAGUGAAUGAGGGAGAGGUGGAGGGCAUUUUCUCAGUUGAAGGCACAGCUCAGAUUUCUGGCUUGUCAUUUGUGACACCCAGCAUAACAGAAAUCAAGCCUGAUUACGGGCCCUUGUUUGGAGGAACAGUGGUUACAUUAACAGGCAGAUAUCUUAACACAGGAGUAACAAGAAAUGUCAAAAUUGGAGAUAAAAACUGCACCAUUCAAAAUGUUUCUGAAGGAAAGGGGACUUUGUCUUCAAUCGUCUGCCACACAGAAGCUGCUGAGGCUGUUGGGGAACUACCUGUGAAAGUCAUUAUUGACAGCCUUCAAGUGAAUGACACUAAGAUGUUUUCCUACAAGAAUAAUCCUGUUAUAAACUCUGUGUUUCCGAAUUGCAGUUUCCAAAGAGGCUCCAAGCUGGUGAUAGAAGGUCAGAAUCUUGAUGUUGCUAACAAAAUUGUGGUUGAGUACACUCUGAAAUCUCACUUCAGUGAGCGUCUUCAACGGGUUUGCAGUGGCACAAGAAAUGCCACACACAUGGAGUGCUGGGUUCCUGCUUUUCCAGAACAAAUUCCAGAUACCAUUUUUAAAACUGGAGUGCUUUCUAUUCACAUAGAUGGGGAAAAUGACGCCUGGAAAAGUAACUUUUCCUACUACCCUAAUGCCCAAGUCAUUCCCUUUGAAAAUGAUGACAGUAUAUUACUUCUAAAACCAGGAGAGGACGAGGUUUCACUGCAUCAUAAAAAAUUGGAUGCAGUACAAACAUGUAUGAAGAUCACAAUGACCAUUGGUGAUGCGGUCUGCAAAGCGCAGGUUUUGCAAAAUGAGCUGACCUGCAGGAUUCCUAAAGGCCUGGUUGUUCCCAGCAACGGGCUGCCUGUUAGGGUGUUUGUGAACCAUGACGUUUAUGAUAUGGGUACAGUGCUCUUUGAUGACAGCUUCAACAACAAUGCGAUUGCAGGCAUUGUCCUGGGCAUCAUUGCCGCACUGGUAGUAGGAGCUGCCCUUGCAUUAAUUGUUAUGAUUAAUUUAAGGAAAAAAAAGAGAGCCACCAUAGAGAAUCGCUUAUCAGCGAUGAUGUCACAUAAUCUACACCUGAGCAACAAUAAUUCUUCUUCUCCAACAGAUGACUACAGACAGGAUCUUUACUAUCAAACUUCAGGUUCAGCAGGACUGGCUUUCCAGGGUUUAUUGUACAGUGCCAGCUCUGAUCAUCUAUCUGUUCCUUUGAUGCCACGAGACAAUAUCUCAAUGGUUAGCCUGAAUUCCAAUAUUCUUGAAGAGGUCAAAGAUGUGCUAAUCCCACCUGAGAUGCUCUCAAUUGAGGAUAGUCAGAUUAUUGGCAAAGGUCACUUUGGGACAGUUUAUCAUGGAUACCUGUUAGACAGCAACAAGAAAGAAAUCCACUGUGCUAUUAAAUCACUGAACAGGAUAACAGAUUUCCAGGAAGUAGACCAGUUCCUCAGAGAGGGGAUCAUUAUGAAAGGCUUUAACCACCCUAACAUACUGUCACUGUUGGGUAUCAUGCUGCCCAAAGAAGGGCUCCCCCUGGUGGUUCUGCCAUAUAUGAAGCAUGGAGAUCUGCGCCAUUUCAUCCGUUCUAAGAACAGGAAUCCAACAGUGAAAGACCUGAUUGGGUUUGGUCUUCAGGUUGCCAGGGGAAUGGAGUACUUAGCCCAAAAGAAAUUUGUUCACAGAGACCUGGCUGCGCGUAACUGCAUGCUGGAUGAAAACUUCACAGUAAAGGUUGCUGACUUUGGUAUGGCAAGAGACGUCUAUGCCAAGGAGUACUACAGCAUUCAAGAUCACAAAAGGGUGAAGCUCCCUGUAAAGUGGAUGGCCAUCGAAAGCCUGCAAACACAGAAGUUCACAACCAAGUCUGAUGUUUGGUCAUAUGGCAUCUUACUGUGGGAGCUGUUAACCAGAGGUGCUAGCCCGUAUCCAGAGGUGGACCCCUAUGACAUCACGCAGUACUUGUUGAAGGGACGUCGGCUUCUGCAGCCACAGUAUUGCCCAGACACCCUCUAUGUAAUCAUGCUGGCGUGUUGGGACCCGGAGCCUGAGUGUAGACCUACCUUCCAUAGCUUGGCUACCGAAGUGCAGCGCAUCCUGUCCAAUCUGAAAGGAGAGCACUACAUCAGUUUGAAGGUUACCUACGUCAACUUAGACCAGCCAAGGCCUUACCCCUCCCUAGUUGGAAGUGAAGCCACAACCUCAGACUUGGACACAGACUCUAAUGGUAGCAGCUGAAGGUGCAAUGACACAAAGCUCUUUGGCAGGAUCACGGCAUCCAGAGUUGGAAAACAUACAAGAGAAAAGGACAGCUUAUAAAAAAUUUUAUGUGUAUAAACCCGAGCACGCUGAACAUUUUGCUACUGAUUUAUUUGACACUGUAGGCAUUAUAAACUCUAACUGGAGGGAAAAACCCCACUGGAAGAUUCAUACUGGUUACUAAAUGUUUUUUGUGACAAAAUAGAAGCAGCAUGCUGACUUAUUUUCUAUAACACGAGCGUGAAUGAGACAAAAUGAAUGUAAAAUAGAGCCUUGUUCUUAGACUUGCAGAACAGGGUUGAGUGGUACGUACAUGGUGUUAUUCACACAUAUAGUACGUGUCUCUAAAUGUCUCUAAAUCAGUACCUUAAACUUUGGGGGCAUAUGAACAGUGACUUGUGCUCAGGGGUUAACAGUUUUCAUAUUUGCACCACAAUUGUUUUGCCAUAUGGGCUAACUUAAAUUGUUUUAUUUAGGUCUGUAGCAUGUAGAUUUAAAAAGAAUACAUGUGUGCAUCUUACAUCACACAUGUAAAAUAACUCAGUCGACACAAAUUUGGAGCCGCUCAUACAAAAAAAGCUCUGGGCCCAGAGUUAUGAAAGUGAGCUUUUUGUCCUGUGUGGAAACACAUCCAUGCUUGUAAUUAUCACUAGAGGGCAACAAAUGCCUUAUUCUGAAGAAAACUUGAGUUGCUGGUGCAGUGAUGUUCUGCACUACAGCAGUCGUCUCCACACAAAGGUGCCGCACAAUCGGUACAACUAUAUUUAACUAAACCUCAGAGAACCAGAUUCACAGUUUCACUGAGUGAAUGUAACACAUUACGGUCUUUUCAUUUCAAUCAGCAAAAUGUAACCUGCAAAGCAUUUUGAUGAAUUUCUGUGUCUUUUGCUUUUAAUUAAAAUAAUCUCCAUAGUACAUAGGACAUUCGAAGGUCAUUUAUUAUAUGGGCACUGAUUUUAAUCUUCUAUACUGACGCUGUAAUGUGGUUUCAAACUGAUAGUUUAUUUUCACGGACUAGCUUUCCACCAAGAGCAAUGAAUUCAGUUCAAAGAUAGUUGAGUUUUGUUAUUGCUCCAUUUAUUUUUGUUGAACCAAAGACCGAUCGGAUCUUUUCAGUAGCUUCCACAGUCAAGCGGGGUUUUAUACAAAAUGCUUGAUUCCAUAUAAUCUUCUCCAAAAAGACUUAUUGUGAAUAAACAGUAUGAAAAAACCUACAGCAGAUGGGCAAACAGGAACAUUCCAGCUUUUUAAAAAAUCAAUUUAAAAUUUUAUUCAGAGCACCGCAGCAAGUACAAAAGUUCUUCAUGAAAGUGGAUCGUCAAAGCCAAAGAUGAAAAUGAUGCUGAGUGCAUUGACACAGGUCUGAGGCAGUGCAGCGCUUGUUCUCUGCCAGGUAGAUGAGAGGAAAACACAAACUGUUUGAGUCUGAAUAAUGUUAGCUCAACCAGAGUGAAAACUGCAUGCCUCUACCUAAUCUGUGUAUCUAGCAUUUGUAAUACUCUAUGAAUAAUUUAUGGAUCUAAAUAAAGAUUUUCUUUUUCCAUCCCUUGCCUUUAGGUACUGUAAAGGUGGUAGCAAUAAUGACAAGCUCUGGUUACACUCAGGUUCAGAUUUUGGGGGGAAAAAAUCUAAUGAGCUGGCCUAAAGACUAAAGAGAAUCUGUUUUUUCCCCCCUAUGAACAUUGUGUAAGAUGCCUUUAUUUAAGUCAUGCUAAAGCAUGCAUAGGAUCUAUUUUGUUUGUAUGCUACUAAUGACCUACAGGAAUUUAAAAAAUGGUUUUGUUAUCAACCUUUUUUAUUCAGAUCAUUUUAAAAAUGUAUUUUUAGACAGUAUGUGAUGAGCACGAGCUCAUGCAGUAAGCGCUCAAAGCUUCAACUCAAUGAACCUAAAGCAGUAGAAAGACACAGCACGUAGCUUAACUGUUCCUCAGACUCAGGGUUAAGCUUUUUUAGACAAGCGCUAUAAACCAUCAGUCUUUACAAAAUAUAUAGAUUUGUGACAUAGCAUGGAUUUUAAAUAAAAAGUGAAAUCAAUUUUGGGAA